AUGAUAAUACGAUAUCUAAUUUUAGAUUACGUACAAAACAAAAAUUUUCCAAGGAAAAUUCCAAAUAAUUCGAACACAAUCGGUAGUUUUCUUUUAGUUGGCACACCACAGGAAGAAAAAACUACAAUUGAUGAAAAUAUUCAUUCAUUGAUACAAGAAGCUGAUUCGAAAGAAAAAGAAAUGGACAAAUUGAUCUUUUGUGAUAUUUCAAAUAAAAACGAUGAACUUGAUGUAAGUCCUAAACAUGCAAAUACAGUUAUAUAUGAUUUAACAAGUCCUCGAGUUAUUGUUGAUCAAAAACGACAUAUUGAAGAAUCAUCUGAUUCAAUUCUGGAUGAAAACAAUACCGAUGAAUUAGUUCGAUUAAAAAAAAAAUGUUUAGAGAUCGAAAAAAGGGUUGAAGUUCUUGAACUGACAUGGAUGCGUAAUGAUAUAAACUCACGUCCAGAGCAUCUGGACACGGUUCAAAAUAUCUUUAAUGGCAUUAUAGAAGAUAUCAAUAAUGAUCGUGUUGCUAUGAACAAUAAAAUGUCAGAUUCAAAUAAUGGAUUAAAUAUUGAUUCAGAAAUUUUAUUUGCAUUAAAAAAAGAUAGUUCAACUGCAACUGCUCGUAGCAUAUUGAAAUAUUUGUAUCCACAUCCACCAGGUAACUUUAAAUUAUUCGAUGUUGAUCCAGCACUUGUUGCUGAUAUUGUUCGUUAUUCAAAAAAAUGUCAUCUUGAUGAUGCAUCAACAACAUCUCGAAUUCGUCAUGCUAUGUCCAAUUAUUUCGCAUUAAUUACGUAUAAAAAAAAACGGAAAUCGACUAUUUCGACAUGUUCAGAGCAUCUGGAUACUGUUCAAAAUAUCUUUAAUGGCAUUAUAGAAGAUAUUAAUAAUGAUCGUGUUGUUAUGAACAAUAACAAUAAAAUGUCAGAUUCAAAUAAUGGAUUAAAUAUUGAUUCAGAAAUUUUAUUUGCAUUAAAAAAAGAUAGUUCAACUGCUACUGCUCGUAGCAUAUUGAAAUAUUUGUAUCCACAUCCACCAGUUAACUUUAAAUUAUCCGAUGUUGAUCCAGCACUUGUUGCUGAUAUUGUUCGUUAUUCAAAAGAAUGCCAUCCUGAUGAUGCAUCAACAACAGCUCGAAUUCGUCAUGCUAUGUUCAAUUAUUUCGCGUUAAUUACGUAUAGAAAAAAACGAAAAUCGAUUAUUUCGAAUACAAGUAUUCAGAAUCAAUAA